AUGAACGAACUCGCUGAGAAGAACGAAGGGAUCGGAACGUAUGUGCAGAACAUACGCGCACGGGAGGAGAAACCAUACACAGAGACACUUGCUAAUCGAACACCAAAGCAUCUAUGGUAUCCAGCAGGUCUUGUCGGCCGCGCCGCAUGUUACGCCACCUUGCUGAAGCCAAUGGAGAAAUUGGAAUCGGCGUUUCGAAGAUUUCCAAUAUACCACCUUUAG